CUUACAGCAAGAUCUUACAACAAGAGGAACAGCUUUGUGUCAGGCUAAUCCUGCGUCUGGACCAUGUGAUGUAUGGUCCUGUUGUAUGUGCGCUUCAUGCAUAAACAGUAAUUCCUCAGUUGUGGAGAGUUGGGAGCAGUGCAGACACCUAAAGACUCAGAUCUGCGAAUGUGAACACACACUUCCCCACCCCCUUCCUGGCAUAACUUGUGAUCGCAGAGCCAUGAAAGUAUGUGAGUCCCUCCCCCAGCACAGACCGAUCCCACCCGGCAUAUGAUCUGGGCCCCAUGUCAGCCGGAGCAGGCAGCACCAGCUCACUGCGGCGCUGCUUGCAGCCGGAGCAAUGACCUUAACGAAAGAGAGCUUCCACAAGGCUCUUCCACCCACCUCUGAAGUGGCCAAGGCCAACAUGGACAGCACCAGAGAGAAGCAGGAAGCUCCGGGGCAGUCAGUGAUGAGGACUGGAGCAGUGGUGCCAAAGAAGCGGGCGAUGGGAAGGCUGGUCAUGCACAGCAUGGCCAUGUUUGGCCGGGAGUUCUGCUAUGCCGUGGAGGCCGCCUUUGUCACUCCGGUGCUGCUCAGUGUAGGGCUGCCCAAGAGCCUCUACAGCCUCGUGUGGCUCAUCAGCCCUAUACUGGGCUUUGUGCUACAGCCUGUGGUAGGUUCAGCCAGUGAUCACUGCACCUGUUGCUGGGGCAGGAGGCGACCUUACAUUCUGUGUCUGGGCAUCAUAAUGCUGUUAGGCAUGGCUUUGUACCUCAAUGGGGACGUGAUGAUCUCAGCUUUCAUCAAUGAGAAAGACAAGCAGCGGACCUGGGCAAUAGUCAUUACCAUGCUGGGAGUAGUACUUUUUGAUUUUGCAGCUGAUUUUAUUGAUGGUCCCAUCAAAGCGUAUUUAUUUGAUGUCUGCUCUCAUCAGGAUAAAGAGAAGGGUCUGCAUUACCACGCCCUCUUUACAGGUUUGGGAGGAGCCCUGGGUUACCUGACAGGUGCUAUGGAUUGGGGUCAAACUAUACUAGGAUAUACCUUGGCAUCAGAAUUCCAGGUGAUCUUCUUGUUUGCAGCCUUGGUUUUCAUAAUCUGCCUUACCGUACAUCUGUGCAGUAUUCCUGAAGUCCCAUUCAGACACGAACACGAAGAGACAAAGUUCUUGUUGGAAGUGACUGAGCCCCAUCAAUACAACUCCAUUGAGGAGGAAAUCAAGAAUGGUUACUUAAAAUCAACAUGUACCGAAAUAAAGGCUGCAGCCAAGCCAGGGAAAUGUGCGGAAAAAAGGCAGAUGACCCUUAAAUCACUCUUGAAGACACUUUUAAGCAUGCCAUCCCACUAUCGCUGUCUGUGUGUGAGCCACCUUUUUGGAUGGAUGGCUUUCCUGUCCAACAUGCUCUUCUUCACAGAUUUCAUGGGACAGGUUAUAUACCAAGGUAAUCCUUAUGCACCUCACAACUCCACACUCUAUCUUACCUACAAAACAGGGGUAGAGAUGGGAUGCUGGGGACUGUGCAUCAAUGCAAUUUCUUCAUCGAUCUAUUCUUAUUUGCAGAAAGUCCUUCUGCCAUACAUAGGAUUAAAGGGACUUUAUUUCAUUGGAUACCUACUUUUUGGACUGGGUACUGGACUAAUUGGUUUGUUUCCCAACAUCUACUCUGCCCUGGUUCUCUGUUCACUCUUUGGAGUCAUGUCCAGCACACUGUACACAGUGCCAUUCCACCUCAUUGCAGAGUACCACAGGGAAGAAGAAAGCCUGAAGCUGCAGGAAGGGGAGCAAGCAGGGGAGCACGGGAGAGGGAAAGGCAUUGACUGUGCUGCUCUCACCUGCAUGGUCCAGCUGGCCCAGAUCAUCCUCGGUGUGGGCCUGGGGCCCCUGGUUAGUGUUGCUGGCAGUGCCGUCACCAUGAUUUCAGCAUCCACAGUGGCACUGAUUGGCUGCUGCUUCUUGGCUUUCUGUGUUCGCUACGUGGACUAGGACUGCAAGGAGCAACUGCAAGAAAUCUCCCCAGGGGAGCGUUUUCUUUCUGGGUCAGUAGGACCGGUGCUGUUUCUGUGCUGACACUGCUGGCACAUCGUCCUGUCUUACCUCCUUGGAUCAGUUGCAAUUCCAGAGCUUUAUGAAAUGGAGACUUGAUAAAACUGGUUACCUAAUGCCUCAGAUAUACACACACCCCCAGUGUGUUCACAUGCUGUGACAUGUGAUGGUGUGUGUGCCCACGGUGUUUUGAUGCUCUACCCUGGGAGUCAUUACAAAACUCCUCAUUACCAAUUUGUGAACGUUAAUAGAUGAAGUAUGUGAUAAAUUGAAGUAAUAUAAAAGGACAGAGUUAGGAAUAAAGUUUUUAUUUAUCUUGUUUUUCAAGUGUGUUAAGCUGGGGGCUGUUCCCUCCAGUAGUCAAAAGCUGCAGGAGAUUCAAACAGGUGUCAGAGGUCACUCAGGGUGCAGUUCUGUUGUGAUUAGUUGUACUGCUAAAUGGGAUCAGUUACUUACCAGCUACUGUCAAAAGCAGAUUUGGGUGUGAAAAAUGACUGAAAUGUAUAAAAGAUUGAAGCCUGUUUUUUAAGAGCAUCACUGUAAAGCAAUUGUUUUGUACUGGAUCCUUCUGCUUCUGUAUAAAUGAAGUGAAAGUACUGGCUGGGCUUGUCAGGAAAGUCUACCUAAGGCUGCUUUGCACAUCCAUGCGUAGGUACCUAAAAACCUGUCUGUGGGAAACAACUGCCAUUUCCUCCUUCUUUAAAAAGCGGCCUCUCAAUUUUGAUGCUGUAAUUGAAAAAAUACACUUGGCCAACGUAACAAUUUGAUGGAUGGUUAAACACCACAUAAAUCUUGAUAUUGGAUAUGACAGCAUUUACCUUAAAGUAGCAUCUCUCUUUUCUCUGUUUUCCUUCAUUCUUUGACUGAAAGAGCAUUUGCUCUUUACAGAAUAUUGUAAAUAAAUUCAGUUCUGCAAAGCACUAUUAGGAGUUAUUGCACAGUAAAUACAUAAGCUCAGUUAUUUGUAUUUAAUUGCAUAUGAAGCUUCAUUGUUAUUUUAUAAUAUUGCCAGAGUUUUGAAAAGCCUGUGUUUGUGAAAGCAAUAUACUGUAUUUAUGCUGUGCUUCCUCUGUCCUGAAAAGUGUCAUAUCCAUCCACUAUGUUAUAUGUUAAGCCACAUGAAGCCAUCUGCUAAUGCAAUAUUGUUAAUGAACAUUGAGAGACUAUGGACGAGUAUGGUGUUUAUGGUUGUUUUUGUCCUUAAUGUUGCACAUGUAUAAUCAACACUGUUCAAAGAAAUGCAGUGUUGAGCUUAAUCAGCUCCUUAGCAGCUCUGCAAGAUACGAACUGACAACAUCACAAAUAAAUGGUUAGAUUUGAGCAUCAAGUACCUCUGCAGAGAUGCAUCAGCUUCACCCUCUUUUUAUGUUUUCAAGAAUAGAGUGAGUCACAUAUUCUCAGGAAAACCAAUUUUCCCUUAGGUAAAUUCUUAUUAAUUUUAACAAGCCUGUGGGAGCCUCAGAUGCCUUUUCUUAGUGAUGACUGUGUCUCCACUGUAGGUCCCAAAAGGGGCUCAGCGCGUGGUAAACCUCACUACAGCAUCUUCAUCCUGCCUUUUGAAGAAACCACAUUUUAUGGUUUCUUUUGGUUUGUGUUUCUUCAUUUCACAUGCAUGCAAGAGAAAAAAGAGAAAACCUGAGAAGACAGAGCCCCUGGACUGUGUUUGAAAGAGUUUGCAGGCACUGAGAUGGCUGGAGCACAAGGGCCUCAACUGGGACAAACAGGAGGAAGCCAGAAGAUGAAGGAUUGUUGUCUUCUCAAUUAGCUUUAUGCCAUCAUUAACUCACUAACUUCCAUUAACUCCAUAUCUCCUGGGAGGACAAUUUUUCAAGGGAAGAGCAAGGAAUCUGUGGAGCCAUAAAAACAGAUAAAGGAGGAGGUGAUCUGGUUUUAUAGGACUGCACCACAUAAGCCUGUGCACCAAGAGCUGAGGUCAUAAAGCUUUGAUUCCACUGUGAGGCUGAGAAAGAAAUUUUGCAAUGUUUACCUAUGUCUUUGUCAAUAUUUUUUUGACACCAAUUUUUUUAACACCAUUGGAACAUUAACAUUUAAAUGGUCAAUGUCGUCUCUGUUCUGUUACACAAAGAGAACACUGGCAUUGAUUCAGGCCCACAAAGUGACCAUAGAUCUGUGGCAAUGUAAGAAGGGUUCUGAACCUGCAGAGAGGAGAGAGGGGGGUCCAUUGUGUAUAUCAGUGCUUUUAUUUACAAAUUUAUUCAGAGAAAAUUGUUUCAGGAACUCAUAUUAUCAUUUCUCAUGAUCUCAUGAUCUUUCCCUUUAAAGCCCACUGUGUACUACAGAAGACAGAAACAUUAAAGUCAUCUUUUCUCUGCAAAUCUCCAUAAAAACAUCCUAUAUUGUUCCCAGGACUUCAAAACGGUAUUUUUAUGAGUUUUUGUUAGAAAUAGCAAACUGAUAAAAACGUAUAUACAAUGUGGAAAACAGUGUCUGAACAAAAAAAAAUUAUGAUGGUGCUCAUUCUGAAGUUGAAAAUGUAUCUCAAGUGUUACUGAAAACAAUAUAAAAUGUUCCUAACUCAUAAAAGGGGAGUAAAAAAGUAUUUCUUCUAGCAAUAGAAAUGUUACUAAUAUAUGUUACUAAUAUAAAAUGUUACUAAUACAUGAAAGGGGAUAAAAUAUUUAUUUCAGCAAUAGAAAUGCUAAAAUGUUAAAAAUGUUGAAGGUGUUGAAGGAUUGUACUGUAAUGCUGUUAAUUUAAGAAGUUCUGCCUUUUCUGUGCUUUUACAUUAGUUGUGGACUUGAGCCAUCAAUAUGAUCAUUUAUUGUACUUAACAUCAACUUUUAUAGCCAUGAUAUGAGUAUAAAGUUAUAAGUACCCUGUGCCUGAUCUUUCUCGUCUGGUUUUAUUUCCAUAUACAUAAAAUCAAAUAAAAGAA